GAGAAUGAACCGCACGAGAGGAUAUGCGGAUAAUACAUUUGUUCAUUGCAAAUGGUUGAUGGAUCGUGAGGAGUCGAAAAAUCCGUAAGCAUCGUUAUUAGAGUCGGAAGUACGUUCACCUAUAAGGAUGGAUAUUAUUCUUUCUACUAAUACAUAUUAAUAGAUUCUAUUCUAUUUAUUGACUGAUUAACAAAUAUUGGAACCAUGUAUCUAUAUAAUUUAACACUUCAACGUGCCACGGGAAUAACCCAUGCAGUACAUGGGAAUUUCUCUGGCAGUAAAAUGCAAGAAAUAUUAGUCUCCCGUGGCAAGUCUCUAGAACUUUUGAGACCAGAUCCAAAUACUGGUAAAGUUCAUACCUUAUUGACUGUAGAAGUAUUUGGGAUUAUAAGGUCUUUAAUGGCCUUUAGACUGACUGGUGGUACAAAAGAUUAUAUAGUUGUCGGAUCUGACUCUGGACGUAUUGUCAUUUUGGAGUACAUUCCUGCCAAAAAUAUUUUUGAGAAAGUUCAUCAAGAGACUUUUGGAAAAAGCGGAUGUAGACGUAUUGUACCUGGACAAUAUUUAGCCAUAGAUCCUAAGGGGAGAGCUGUUAUGAUAGGUGCAAUUGAAAAACAAAAACUAGUAUAUAUUUUAAAUAGGGAUCCUGAGGCACGCCUUACAAUUUCUUCGCCAUUAGAAGCUCAUAAAAGUAAUACACUUGUUUAUCACACAGUAGGAGUGGAUGUUGGUUUCGAAAAUCCUAUGUUUGCCUGUUUAGAAAUUGAUUAUGAGGAAGCAGACAGUGAUCCUACAGGUGAUGCCGCCGUAAAAACUCAACAAACUUUAACCCUGUAUGAACUUGAUCUUGGUCUAAAUCAUGUUGUACGAAAAUAUAGUGAACCUUUAGAAGAACAUGCUAAUUUCCUUGUAUCUGUUCCUGGAGGCAAUGAUGGGCCAAGCGGUGUUCUUAUCUGUUCUGAAAACUAUUUGACGUAUAAGAAUUUAGGAGAUCAGCACGAUAUUCGUUGUCCCAUUCCUAGGCGACGUAACGAUUUAGAUGAUCCUGAAAGGGGCAUGAUAUUUGUAUGUUCUGCCACUCAUAAAACCAAAAGCAUGUUCUUCUUCUUGGCUCAAACUGAACAAGGAGAUAUUUUUAAAAUUACUCUGGAAACAGAUGAAGACAUGGUGACUGAAAUUAAAUUAAAAUAUUUUGAUACUGUACCUGUUGCAGCUAGUAUGUGCGUUUUAAAAACAGGUUUCUUAUUUGUAGCAUCAGAAUUUGGCAACCAUUAUCUCUAUCAAAUUGCUCAUUUAGGAGAUGAUGAUGACGAACCAGAGUUCAGCUCUGCUAUGCCCCUUGAAGAGGGUGACACAUUCUUCUUUGCGCCAAGACCACUUAGGAAUUUGGUAUUGGUCGAUGAAAUGGAUAGUUUAUCUCCCAUAAUGGCGUGUCAGGUAGCUGAUUUGGCAAACGAAGAUACUCCACAAUUGUACAUAACAUGUGGUAGAGGACCACGCUCUACUUUGCGAGUUUUGCGUCAUGGUUUAGAGGUCUCUGAAAUGGCUGUCAGUGAAUUGCCUGGUAAUCCAAACGCUGUAUGGACUGUUAAAAGGAGAGUUGAUGAGGAGUAUGAUGCUUACAUCAUAGUGUCCUUCGUCAAUGCUACUCUUGUACUUAGUAUCGGAGAAACUGUAGAAGAAGUGACUGAUUCUGGGUUUCUUGGUACAACGCCAACGUUAAGCUGUUCAGCGUUGGGUGAAGAUGCGCUGGUACAGGUAUAUCCUGAUGGAAUACGACAUAUUCGUGCUGACAAACGUGUGAACGAAUGGAAAGCGCCUGGGAAAAAGACUAUAGUGAAAUGUGCAGUGAAUCAACGUCAGGUUGUAAUUGCUCUUACUGGAGGAGAAUUAGUGUACUUCGAAAUGGAUCCUACGGGGCAAUUAAAUGAAUACACAGAACGAAAGAAAAUGCCAUCAGAAGUGAUGUGUAUGGCUCUUGGUAAUGUAGCCAUUGGAGAACAAAGAUCAUGGUUCCUGGCUGUUGGUCUUCAAGAUAACACUGUGAGGAUUAUUUCGUUAGAUCCUUCUGACUGCUUAGCACCUAGGAGUAUGCAAGCUUUGCCAGCAGCUGCAGAGAGUUUAUGUAUCGUCGAAAUGGGUGCAAAGGAUGCAAACAAUUCUGAGGAGUUAUCCUCUCAACAAUCCAGUCUUUAUUUAAAUAUAGGGUUACAGAACGGUGUUCUGUUAAGAACAGUAUUAGAUCCAAUCUCUGGUGAUCUGGCUGAUACACGAACGCGAUAUUUAGGUUCUCGUCCGGUUAAGUUAUUCAGGAUAAAAAUGCAAGGAAAUCAGGCAGUGCUUGCAAUGAGUAGUAGAUCAUGGUUAAGCUAUUAUUACCAAAAUCGUUUCCAUUUAACACCACUCUCAUAUGAAAGCCUGGAGUUUGCGUCAGGCUUCAGUUCUGAGCAAUGCCCUGAAGGAAUUGUCGCCAUCUCUACAAAUACCCUGAGAAUUCUUGCCCUUGAAAAGUUAGGUGCAGUUUUUAAUCAAAUCAGCUUCCCUCUGGAAUACACACCAAGGAAGUUUGCGAUACAUUCGGAUUCUGCACACUUGAUAAUCAUUGAAACAGAACACAAUGCAUACACAGAAGAAACGAAACAGCAAAGAAGGCUACAAAUGGCAGAAGAAAUGCAAGAAGCUGCGGGCGCAGAAGAAGCUGUGGUAGCAAGAGAAUUAGCUGAGGCUUUCUUAUCUGAAGAACCUAAUGAAGCUGUGUUUGGAGCACCAAGAGCUGGUCCAGGAUUAUGGGCAUCCCUUAUAAGAAUAAUAGCUCCAACAACAGGGCAGACCUUUGAGGUUCACCGGCUUGAACAAAAUUUAGCUGCUUUAUGCUUAAGUCUUGUAAAGUUUGUCAACCAAGGUGAUCAGUUGUUCCUCAUAGUGGGUAUUGCAAAAGAGUUCCAAUUAAAUCCUAGACUGAGCAGCGGUGGAUUUCUCUACACCUACAAAGUAAAUACUGAAUGCACUAGUCUUGAAUUGGUACAUAAAACUACUUUAGACGAGGUACCUUUGGCUAUAUGUCCAUAUCAGGGAAGAGUAUUAGUUGGUGUUGGUAGAAUGUUGCGUUUAUAUGAUAUGGGCAAGAAAAAGUUACUACGCAAGUGUGAAAAUAAGCACAUUCCUAACGCUAUUGUUUCCAUAAAUGCAAUUGGACAACGAAUUUAUGUCAGUGAUGUUCAGGAAUCUGUGUAUGCUGUCAGAUACAAACGACAAGAAAAUCAGCUGAUAGUUUUUGCUGAUGAUACACAUCCCAGAUGGAUUACAACUACAUGUGUACUUGAUUAUGAUACAGUUGCCACCGCUGAUAAAUUUGGUAACAUUGCUGUUAUACGUUUAGCAAGUGGAAUUAACGACGACGUGGAUGAAGACCCAACCGGAAACAAAGCAUUGUGGGACCGGGGUUUACUCAAUGGCGCCAGUCAAAAAGCAGAUACAGUUGCUUGUUUCCACGUUGGUGAAACGGUCAUGUCUUUACAGAAAGCAACCCUAAUUCCGGGUGGUUCUGAAAGUUUAGUUUAUACAACAUUAAGUGGAACAGUUGGCGUGUUGGUGCCUUUCACGAGUCACGAAGAUCACGAUUUUUUCCAACAUUUAGAAAUGCACAUGCGUUCGGAACAUCCACCACUUUGUGGAAGAGAUCACUUGUCCUUUAGGUCGUAUUAUUAUCCUGUAAAGAAUGUUAUAGACGGUGAUCUCUGUGAACAGUUCAAUUCAAUUGAACCGGCGAAACAAAAAAGUAUCGCGGGUGAUCUCGAACGGACACCUUCUGAAGUGUCGAAAAAACUCGAAGACAUCCGUACGCGAUACGCCUUUUAAAUUUUUUUACGAUUUAUUUAUUAUCGCGUCAUUAAACAUUCUUGCAUUCCGUUAUAAUGAAUACAUGGUUUUUUUUGUUUCUAUACUGAUGAAUAAAUACAGAUUAAUCGAGUCUUCUGUACAUGUUGCUUUCAGUAUGCAGCACAAACUAUAAAAGCUUUUUAAUGAACGGUUUAAAAUAUCUUGGAGGUGUACAUUUUUCUGUUACACAUUUAGAUUUAUGGUUCCAAUUUUUACAAUGUAUUCCAUAAGUUUUGACGAAACUGCAAAGUGAUAUAACAUUAUAAAAUAAACGUUUUUAUCACUCAUUUAUGUUCUAAAAAUAUUCCUACAGAUUUUUUGCAACUGGACAUUUACGUUCUUUUUCUAUUAGCUUGUGUUCAUAUUGAUAUACCACCACUUUUUUUCAGUUUGUUCUUGUUACAGUUUAUCGUGACAUGUAGUGCAGAAAAAAUAGAAAACGCCUUGUCGACCUAUUUUAGCAUUCUAAAUACAGCUUGUGCAUAAUAUAUUGAACACGUUGUAUAAACAAUUCUUUAGCUAGAAAUUCAUAAUCAUUGGUUAACAUUUUCACGCGAAUUAGAUGUAAUACAAAUUAUAAAUUAAUUAUUCUCGUUCAGAUUAAUUUUAAGCACCGUACAUUGAAAGAUUUUGUUGAACAAUUUUUGCAUUUACAAAUUAAAAUCAAAGAUGUAAAAAUUGUUCACAUUUUCUUAUUAUAAAUAUUCGUGUAAUACAUGUGUUUGUAAAAGAAAGUCAUGAAGUACUGAAAAGUAUUCAAGAACAAAUAUGAGUAUUAAAUACGCGCAUAAUUUUCAA